GAAUAAAGUAGUGGUGAGUUAUAUAAGUAAAUCAGUAGCGACAAAAUUGAUAGAAUAAAUUGGUAUCAUUAUUUAAAAGUUUAGUUAUUUAUAAAAGAACAUUACAUCAAAGAUAUUAGAUAUUAUAAAUUGUCUUAUAUCCAUUUUAUUCAAAGAUUACUAUUCCAAUUUUCAAGUAUGCAUAUAUUACAAAGAAAUAUUUUAUAUUAUAUUCCUUCAUUAAAUCGAUCAAUGCAUCUUUUAAAAGAUUUAGCAUAUAUAAAUGGAAAAUGGGUAUCAGCAAUAAAACAGCAAACUUUUCCUGUUUAUAAUCCAAUUGAUAAAUCUAUUAUUAGAAAUGUUCCUGAUAUGGAUGUUGAAGAUACAAAGUUAGCAAUUAAUUCAGCAUUUGAAGCUUUUAAAUCAUUUAAGAAAACAACAGCAAAGGAACGAAGUCAUUUACUUAGAAAUUGGUACAAUCUAAUUGUGAAACAUUCAGAAGAUUUAGCAAAAAUUUUAACCAAAGAAAAUGGGAAGUCUAUUGCUGAAUCUAAAGAUGAAAUCAGAUAUGGAAAUUCAUAUAUUGAAUGGUUUUCAGAAGAAGCUAGAAGAAUUGAAGGAGAAAUAUUGCAAGCACCAAUAUCUAAUAGAAAUCUUUUAUUAUGGAAAGAACCAAUUGGCGUUGCUGCUUUAAUUACACCAUGGAAUUUUCCAUUUGCUAUGAUUACACGUAAAGCAGCUGCUGCUCUUGCUGUUGGAUGUACCUGUAUAAUUAAACCAUCAGAAGAUACACCUCUUAUUGCUUUAGCAUUAGUUGAUCUUGCAGAAAAAGCAGGUUUUCCUCAAGGAACAAUAAAUGUAAUUACAACAAGUCAAAAAAAUUCUCCUGUUGUUGGUAAAGAAUUAUGUGAAAAUUUUAAUACAAGAGUUUUAUCAUUUACUGGUUCAACAAAUGUUGGAAAAAUUUUAUAUCAACAAUGUGCUUCAAAUGUAAAGCGGCUUUGCCUUGAAUUAGGAGGUAAUGCAUCAUUUAUUGUUUUCGAUUCUGCAGAUAUAGAUUUAGCUAUAAAAGGUGCUAUGGCAAGUAAAUUUCGUAAUUGUGGUCAGACAUGUGUAUCUGCAAACAGGUUUUUUAUACAGAAUAGCAAAUUUGAUCAAUUUGUAGAAAUGUUGCUAUCAAAAAUUAAAACUGAAAUUAGAAUGGGUGAUGGUAGUAAGAAAGACAUUACACAUGGUCCUCUGACUAAAAAAAGUCAAUUAGAUUUAAUACAUGCAUUAGUUACUGAUGCUGUAAAAAAAGGAGCAAAAUUACAUUGUGGUGGUACACCAUUGCCUGAAUUAGGGCCAUUAUUUUAUGCUCCUACACUUAUAACAGGAGUUACUAAGGAAAUGGAAAUAUAUAAUCGAGAAAUUUUUGGUCCAGUAGCUGUUGUAUAUAAGUUUGAUACUGAAGAUGAAGUUGUACAAAAAUCUAAUAAUGUAUCUGUUGGUUUAGCUGGAUAUUUUUAUUCUCAAGAUCUAUCACAAAUAUUUAGAGUAGCAAAAAAAUUAGAAGUUGGAAUGAUUGGUGUAAAUGAAGGAUUAAUUUCUACUGCAGAAGCUGCUUUUGGAGGUAUAAAAGAAUCAGGUUUAGGAAGAGAAGGUUCUAAGCAUGGUAUUGAAGAUUUUCUUGAGAUAAAAUAUGUAUGUAUUGGAAAUCUUAAAUAUUAACGAAGAUAUACAUAUACAAUUUUAUAUAUAUUAUAUAAUAUAUAUUUCAUAGAACAAUUUGUUUAAUUUAUUUAGUAUAAUAAUAUCUUAAAGAAUAUUACAUACCAAAUAUUAAUUCAACUUAUUUUUAUAAAUAUUAAAGUAGAUAAAAAUUUUGAACAUCUUUUAUGUUUUUGAAAGAUAAUUUAGAAUAAUUUAAAAUAAUUAAACAUAGUAAUUUUUUUUAUAAAAUUGAACGUCUUCCAAUAGUUUGUAAGUUAUAAUACUAUAUUAUAUACAAAUAAUAUAUUGUAAGUAAUGAUAUGUAAAUAUAGUAUAUUUUUCUAUAUAUUUUUUGUAAAUUUUUUUUAAUUUAUUAAUUUUUCAUAUAUCAAGUCAUAUAUCAAGAUUUAAGAAAAGAUUAAAUAAAGUUUUUUUAAGUUAAUAAAAUGAUAUAUUAUGAUAAUAUAUUAUAUAUUUUCAUUCUGAUAUAUAACCAAUAUAUAAAUAAAUUUUAUUUUAAUUAUAUAAGAAUUUAUAUAAAAAUUAUUUUUUAUAUUAUUAAUAAUUUAUGAAAUAUAUUACUGAUUGAAAAUAUUGUCUUCCAAAAUUUAGAUUUUAUAAUACAAAGGAUAGGAAAUUGUAAAGAUAUACAAGUAUAUUUUUGAAAUAAAAUUAUAUUCACAGUAUGUAAUAGUAAAUAUACAUACGGCAAAAUGUUAGAUAUUUAUAAUCAAGAUAUAAUAACCAGAAUAAAAUGUAAUGAGAAUGUCAGCAA